UUGAAAAGCUGCUGCUACACCGUACAUUUACUACGAAUUGUGCGUUCGCAAGAGCAACCCACCCGCCUCCGCCGCCGCCCUACUGUCAGACAGCAACAAACUGUGAAAACAAAGCAAAACAGCAGUGUACUAAGCAAAUACACACGUUUCAAUUUACAUACAUAUGCUUGUGUGUAGACAAACGCAGCGUACAAGGGAGGAAAGCAUAUUUGGAAUAGCAUUUUAAGCGCAUUGUGUUUUGUCCUAACGUUGCGGAUUGGUUUUUGGAUUUGUUGCAGUGCAAAGCUAGAAGAAGUGCAUAUUCAUAAAUUCACAGCAUAUUAAGCAAGUGCAUUGAACGUAAAUAUAUGUAUAUGCGAGUAAGUGCGAAGACCAAUUGUGACGACAAUUGUACGACAAAGCGACUCAACAACAACAACAACAACAAUAUAAUAAUAAAACAGCAGCGACAACAAUUGUAAUAAUAAAAACAACAACACCGCUGUCACUUGCAGCACCAGCGGUGCCGCACCGAAAAAAAAAAAUACAAAAACAAAAGCGAUAACGUUGCAAAAGUACUCGACUCACUCACGGUGUAAGCAUACAAACAGUCACAACGACGUCUACAACGGUGUCAGCCGCUACGGCGUUCGCAUCGGAUACGCCGAAGCAACAACAACAAAAUUUGCGACGUCGUCGUCGUCGCAUAGUCGAACCGUCGCUAGUGAAUACAACCACAACAACGAUUAGUCGUGUCGGCCGACGCGUGCGCCUGCCCGUGCACCUCGCCACAUCGGUGACGUCGAGCGCGGCUAUAAGAGCGGCCACUGUGUCAUCAUCCGCCGCCACCACCGCUGCGCUGGGUCCGAAGAAAUUGCGAAGUUUGCGAAAAUUAUUGCCGCGCAGCAGAAGAAAACCUCUUCAUGUGCGCAGCGCAAGCGGCGGUAGUAGCGCUCAACAACAACAACAACAGCAAGCAGCAGAAAUUGCUGCUGAACCGCAGCAACAGCAACAAAAUCAUAUUACUAUCAAUAGGCAUAGUGCUCAGCAUAGCGUUGACAGCAAUUCGAAAAGCAAUAACAAUAACAAUAACAAUACAAACUCAGUACAACACAACGAAAACGCGAUGAAAGUGAAGGAGCGCGAAAAAUUAACGGUGGUUAAGAAUGCAUUUGCAGCGGAGGAGUUGGAUGAUAGCGACGAUGACGACGACGACGACGACGUAGGCAAUGAAGAAUGCGCCGAUGCGUUUAAGUCUGAGAAUAACCCCCCACCAGCGCUGGCACAACCGUUCCACGAGAAAAUGCUCUACGACACACGUAUACGUCGGAAAAAUGUAUUGGCGCUCAACGAGAAAGUGGCCGCCAUACGCGAGUACGAAAAGUCGCCGGUGUACAAGCGUGUCGGACGCAUGUUUCACUGCAGUCCCGAUCAGAUCAAGCGUAUAGUGCAGCAAAAAGACAGCAUACUCGAAGCUUGGGAGCAGCGUACGCGUCGCUGUCAUGACGCCAAAACGCUCGAAAUGAAGGUGGUGCGUGUCUCGAUGUUGGGCAAAGCGGUCUUUGAUUGGUUGCGCCGCAUGAUUUACUAUCAGGACAUACAGAUAACGGACGGACUCAUACAGAAGACGGCGUUGCAGUUUAAGAGUGCAAUGGGUUUGCAGAAUUUCUUUCCCCACCAGGAUUGGUGUGAUAAAUUUCGACAGACCUAUAAAAUACAUACGACCGACAGUAAACUACUGAAUAUUGGCUAUACACAGGGCCACUCUGUGCAAAUUAAGGAUGUCAUGAAGGAUGUGCUCAACGAGUGUACACCGGAUGCGGGGAACAAAACGCAAACAGUCGAUGAGGAAGACGACGGCGAUGAUGUGGAGGAGAUUAAGGAGGAGUGUAAUAAUACAGAGAAUACGAAGACACACGCGGAUGAUGUUGAACAGGAAGUGGCGGCAAAGCGUAGACAACAACAUAAAGCUGGUGCCGGCACACAGAGCGCUAAAAGCAAUGUUGCUGGCAACAUGGCACAACCAACUGGCAGCACACUGAAUGCAACUGGUAAUCCAAUUGUGAAACGCAUAAAUAUCACAAAUCCCAACGGAAAUUUAGCAAAUAAUCAAUUAGCCGCCAAUUUACAAAACAAGCGGUCCGCGUCACCAGCCGUGCACAACCUUGCCGCGCCACAAUUGACACCUUUCCGUCAAUUGGUCGCAUUGCCAUUGCAAGGCAACGUCGCCGGCAUGCCACAGAAGGUGCUGGUUGCCACACCCAUAACGCCAGCUGGUCAAAUGCCCGGCGCCAAGCCAAUGACAAUGACAAUCAUACCGCUGGCGACCAUAGCACAAUCGCAGAGCAUGCAAGCGGCUUCAGCCACUGCAACAGCUGCAGCGGCAACUGCCACACCGACUGCUGCGCUGGCAACAACAACAGCAACUGCUGCCACACCUGCUACGGAUGCGGAGAAAUCGAAUGUGCCACCGCCGAUGCUUGAUAUUAAGAAGGAAAUCAAACAGGAGCCCGUCGAAAUAAAGCAGGAAUAUAUUUCCGACGCUGAGGAAGACGACGCAGUCGAUCAGGAACAACAGCAAAGUGAAGCGGCGAUGAAAACAAGUGCCGCGUUACAACAGACUGCCAUAAACAAUGAUACUACCAACGCAUUUACAACGGAUGGUGAUACAUCCUCGAGUGGUAGCAUGGAUGUUGAGGAGCGUGCCAGCGCGCGAGAGACCGCCGAUGAUGAAAAUAUAGCUUUAGCCAAUUUGCGGCGUCUCAUACAGACGCAAGGCAAAAUUGUGGCCACCUCAACAACAGCAGCAACCGUCGUACGUCCAACGGCAACAUCAACCAUACCGCCUUUGGCACCGAAACCCAUUUUACUACCCGCUACACUGGCCGCCUGCACGUCGACCAUGUCGACUGAGCGUCAAAGCUUGCCCACAUCGACGACUGCCAUUACUUGCAUACCCGCCGCCAAUAUAUCAGCUAUGAACCGUUCCUUAUGCUUUACGCCACCCUUGCCACCUUUAACAAAAGCGCCGGAUGCCGUUAUAAAUCGUUUGGCGAACAAACGCAAACACGCGUCUAGCAAUAUGCCCAUGCUGCCGCCCAUCAAAUCCUGUUCGGAGGCUCGUAAAUAUCUCAAACUCUUGGAAGAUUUCGCGCUGGUUAAAGAGAACUUUAGACUGAUCGGUUUGAUCACACGUGCCGAUGAAGUUCUGCGGGAGCUCGAUGGUGACGACGACGUCGAUGUGGAUUGAGUUGCAUACGAGUACGAGUAUAAUAUGAAUUACAAAAUAUAAUACUUAUGAAACUAAUAUUUGUAUACAAAAUACUUCUAAUUUAGAAUUAAUACACACAUACUUACACCUAUGUAUGUGGUUGUAUAUACCAUAUAUGUAUAGUAUGUAAGCGUAUAGCUUUUUCUAUGAAUACCAAAGCCGGUAAUUGUUACCAUAGUUUGUAAGUGAAGUGAGGAAAACAUAUGUACAUGCUUGGGUGUGUACAUAUACCCUAUAUACAAAGCCAUUUAUUUCAAUAUAUACACUUUUCUAAGUAGAAGAGUUCUAGAGAAAGAUAUUUGUAGUUAUAUAGUUACUAUAUUGCAGACAUACACAUGUAUUGGAAUUAGAUAUUUUUGUUUUUGUUCAUCUUUUUUAUGAAAUACUUUAUUUUUCAACUGAAUUUAACUGUACUGUAUUUAAUUUUUUAUUCACAAAAAAUAUGUAUAAAAAUAUAUAUUUAUGCAAAGAAGCUACUGAUUCAACUAAAAAUAAAAUAAAAAGAAUGAAAUGAUAGUCGAGUACUAAGAA